ACUGAGGUCCGUAUUGGCUGCUUUCCUUUCACACGGAUCCCAAAGAACUCAGAGAUUUGGAAUAUUAGGUUACAGUGUGGCAAAAUGGCGACUGUCAUUCAGAAUCCGCUGAAAUCGCUCGGGGACCAGUUCUACAGGGAGGCCAUUGAGCACUGCCGCAGCUACAAUGCCCGCUUGUGUGCGGAGCGCAGCGUACGCAUGCCAUUCCUGGACUCUCAGACGGGCGUAGCUCAGAACAACUGUUACAUCUGGAUGGAGAAGCGGCACCGAGGGCCAGGGUUGGCGGCAGGUCAGAUGUACACCUACCCAGCGCGUUGCUGGAGAAAGAAGAGGCGACUUCACCCACCACUAGACCCGCAGCUUCGCCUUUGUGAACUCAGACUUGAGGCUGAGCUAAUGGCCAAGAGGGAAGCCCCACCGACGGAAGCCACGGCCCUGGAGGCACUGCUACGAGGUGACGGGAUCUUGGAGAAGAGAAACAAUAACUCGAAAGAGGAAGAGACACUACUGGAAAUCCAGAGGGUGCUUGAUGCAGACGAAAAUGGGGAUGGUUUCCAUGACGAUGAGGAUUUUGAAGUGGACACACCAAAGAGGAAGCAUCGAAACAAAGGCAGGGGUCGAGGCUCUGGGCGCAGGCGAACAGAAGCAGCGGCCAAUGACGAUCAGGAUAAACCCUACGUUUGUGACAACAGAUACAAACAAAAGCAUAACUCAAAAACUGCUGACUCAGUCUGUGGGAAGCGUUACAAAAACCGCCCUGGACUAAGCUACCAUUAUGCCCAUACUCACCUUGCUGAAGAGGAGGGUGAAGAAGAACGAGAAACUGAAAUCCCCCAGUCUCCUCCUGUCCACCAUGAGAAUCACAAACCACAGAAAGGUCCUGAUGGCACGAUCAUCCCUAAUGACUACUGUGACUUCUGUCUGGGAGACUCAGGCUCUAACAGGAAGACAGGCCAGGCUGAGGAGUUGGUUUCCUGUUCAGACUGCGGCCGCUCUGGCCAUCCUUCAUGUCUGCAGUUCACAGACAACAUGAUGCAGGCUGUGCGAACAUACCAGUGGCAGUGCAUCGAGUGUAAAUCCUGCAGUCUGUGCGGCACCUCAGAGAACGAUGAUCAGCUUCUGUUCUGCGAUGACUGUGAUCGGGGAUACCACAUGUACUGCCUCAAGCCUCCUAUGACACAGCCACCUGAAGGAAGUUGGAGUUGUCACCUGUGUCUUGAUCUGCUGAAGGAUAAGGCAUCUGGUUUCGGAGAGCCGUAAGCGUUGAGGUCCCAUACAGACACGCACAGCAGACUCAGGAUGGAUGUUCAUCCUGUUUUCCUCUGUAGUUUUCCUCCUGUAGUGUGAAGUGGAGAUUUCCUCUUCCUCCGUGUUACAAACAUUUUCCUCAAUCACGUCUAGGCAAUCGACAGGUCACACACAUAGUGAAUUCCAAAGGCAGAAUUGAGUCCAGAUCGUCUGCUCGCCUACAAAUACAACUCACAUUUAUAUGAAAAGUACUUAGUAAAAUAGCAAAAUCCGUAUUAGAACUAUAUUGCGAUUGAAUGAAGUGAUAAUGAAACUCUUGUACACUAAAAAAAUCUCCUGAGCUGUGAUUCUAAGGCAUUAUUUCUUUGAAAUUACGAUUGACAACACCAGUUUUAAGAAAUAGCAGAUUUUAAAGUCAAUAUCAUGGUGACAAGCUGUUUGUACUGUAAAUCUGUAAGAAAUAAAAAGCAACAUAAACUUACCCAGAGACACACACCAGUGGUAUAAAGCAGAACCCCUUUCAUUUGAUUUGGUUUCUAUUCGCUUUAAUCAUGUUUUUAAUGUGUGCAAGAUGUAAGUUUACAGGAUUUUUUUUUUGCAAAGACAUUUUUGGCUUGCACAAAGAAAGAAAUAAUGAGGAUAAAUGUGAUUAGAAGCUCAUCUUUCUUACUGGGAUCAUCAUUCAGGUAGACAUUUAGAGCUUAGUAUCAGAGUUAUUGUGAAAGCAAUCUUUUAUCUAAA